CAACAAAACAUCAGGAGAGUGUUUCUACAUAUCACCGUACAACACAUAAACCUACAACAGUUUAUCCUACAAAGCCAAAAGCUACAGCAUCAAGGCACAAAACAAUCAAAACUACAACACAUCGACCUACAACGCCAAACCCUGCAACAAUUAAGCCUACACAACCUAAACAUACUGAUGUCGAAGCUACAACACUUAAACCUACAACGGUUCAAUAUACAACGCCUAAAUCUCCGUCUUUUAAACCUAAAACAGUCAAGCUUACAACGCCUAAACUUGCACCAACUCAACCAACAACAGUCAAAUAUACAACAUCAAAACCUAUAUCAGUAAACCCUACAACACCAAAACCUUCAUCAGGGAAUCCAACAACACCCAAACCUACAACAGUGCACCCAACAACACCCAAACCUAAAACAGUAACCCCUACAACACCAAAACCUUCAUCAGGGAACCCGACAACACCCAAACCUUCAUCAGAUAACCCAACAACAUCAAAACCUUCAUCAGAUAACCCAACAACACCCAAACCUAAAAAAGUAGACCAAACAACACCCAAACCUACAUCAAUAAACCCUACAACACCAAAACCUUCAUCAAGGAACCUUACAAGACCGAAACCUACAACAGUAAACCCAACAACACCCAAACCUACAAAUGUAGACCAAACAGCACCUAAAUCUUCAUCAGAGAACCCAACAACACCCAAACCUACAUCAUUAAACCCAACAACACUCAAACCCACAUCAGAGAACCCAACAACACCCAAACCUACUUCAGUCAACAAAACAACACCCAAACCUACAUCAGCAAACAAAACAACACCCAAACCUACAUCAGUAAACCCACCAACACCGAAACCUACAUCAGUAAACAAAACAACACUCAAACCUACAUCAGUCAACAAAACAACACCCAAACCUACAACA